CGCAACCGACUUCAUUCUUCGGUCAAUACUUUGGUAGGUCCAUCACUUCACCUUCCAUGCAUCAUCAACCAUGAUUUUAUUCUUGACCCAAAUUCCGCAUUCAUUAAAUAAUGAAAUCCACCCCAAGAUUUCUAGUCCUUCAAGGAAAAUAAAUCCAUCAGAAUUCCACAAGUAUAUAUUGGGAGGUCUCAGCAGAGAAAUCAUAAAGAAGAGAUCAAAAGUGAUCUGAGAAUCGAUUUGGAAAAAUGGGUUAUGAAUUGUUUGUUGCAGUAGGAAGGUGUAAGAAACAUCCACAACAUAGACAAUCACCGGGAGUAUGUUCAUGUUGUCUAAGAGAAAAGCUUUCUUAUGUUGUUAAUAUUAACAACAAUUUUACUGCUACUAAUUCUACCGCUUCAUCUCUUUUCUGGUCUUCUUCUUCUUCUCAUAUUCCUUCUCCAACUCAUAGUCAACAACAGCAGCAGCAGCAGGAAGAACAAGCUUCUACGUCGUUAGAAGUCAUUAGUGGUCAGAAAUUAUCAACGAACAUAACUAGAAAUGGUGUUAAGAAAGAUGAACAAGAGUUUAAACGAAGCCGUUCGAUGGAGGUUAUUAUAAGGAAGAAAUAUGUUGAUGAUGAUGAAGUUAUAGUUGAAGAUGAUAGGAGAUUUAAUAAGAAGAAAUUUGGUCCUGGGUUUUGGUUAAGAUUACUGAACAAACCCACACCUUCUACUAAUAAAAGGAACGAUAAGAUGUCGAUGAUGAUGCAUUCCAAGACAAUGACCGAAAAACGGACACAAAGAGUUUAAGUUCAUAGUGUAAUCGGAAUAGACCAUGAUCGGAAUACAGAUUCGACAGUUCUUAAGUUUACCGGUCAUCUUCUCUUCUUAUGUUUUUUUUGUGUGUGGGUAUUUUCCAUUUUUUUUAAAACUUUUUUCUUUUUUUCUUUUUUUUUUUUUGGAUACGACAUCAUUGUGAUUGUGUAGUUGAGAGAGGAAAACCUAAACAAAAGACAUUCAAAGAUUAGGACAGGGAAGAAAACAAGAUAGUUGUCCAGUCUUUUACGUGUACAAAAUUAGUUGCUGUGAUUAGAAAGUUUGAAUAUGUUUCAAUAAUUUUCUUUGUAAGUAUUAUAUAUUGGGUUGAACUUUCCUGGAAACUAA